GAUACGGGUCUAAGACGCCUUUUGGAGAUGUCAUUGAAAACGCUUCACGCGCUUGCCUCACAAUCUGAUAUUCUACCUGAUGAAUUUGCUCGUCGAAUUUGUGACAAAUUUUUGGAGGUUGCCGAGACUACUUUAUCUUGGAAUUUUGCAUCGAAAAUCUUUCGUCGGGUGUUUUCACUUUGUCAGGUGCAUGCAAAGAUACGUACUGAUGAAAAUCUGUCUUUGCGAUCACUUUCAUGCUUGGUACAGCUAGCUGGGCUUUCCGGUGAAGUCAUGGCAUCAAAUGAGUUUACUGAGCAUUAUGUUAAGCUCUACAUAGGCUCCUUGAUGGAGUUAUUUGCUGAAGGUCCACUACCACAUGAGAUCAAUCAUUUUUGCACCAUAAUUAAUCGCUUAUUCCAAUAUCGUCCCAUACAAACGAUAAUGAGAAUAGGACCCGAUCUCAGAAGACAAUUUUUGCUAUAUCUGUCACAGUAUAUUCAACAUCUUAGCAAGCAGGCCAUGCAUAAAGCUAUCGGUGCGGGUGAGCAUGAUGAUCAUCAUUCGUUAGCCUUAUUGUAUGAUUCCUGGACUUUAUUGUUGAGAGGAAGAUGGAGGCUAGAAUUGUCACCGGAAGAGGAAACCAUGAUUGAUACUGAACUUAUCAAUGGCCCAAAUCUACAGAUAAUCAAGUGCUUUGUGGAAUGUGUUCAAGCUCCACCGCUUGGUUGCCGUGCGCCUGUAAUCGCGGAGAAUGAUGAUGAAGAUGAUGAUGACAGAGUGCUGUUCAACGACUUGCUCACUCCUCUAGGAACUAUGGCUUGUUAUUCUGUUCGUGAUUACAUGGACAUGAUGAUCCAUUUGCUGCGCGAACGUAUAGCUGAGUUCCAAAGAAUGGCUUCUGGAUCAGCAGAUGUGGCUCGCCUACCACUUUGGCAGGAAGACAUGCAUUGGUUGCUGCUGCUGAUCUGAAAUCCUUUUUCCCAACGUGUAAAGUUAGCUUAUCCACACUGA